GGUUUUUUUUUGUAUUUUUUUUCAACACUUUUUUGACCGGCCGGGACUGGCCCUGUUAAAGCGGUUGAAUCGGGCGAUUUACCGGUUAGGCCGGUUAAACCACUUCCAGGCCCAUGUCCGGUUAACCGUUCUGGUUCGAUUUUGUGAACACUGAUUCCAUGUGAAUUUUGAACUGUUAUCAAUGGAUAACACUUAAUAUGUAGCUCUUGGUUUUUUUAAGGAGUGGGACAGUCAGUGUAGUGAUAGAGACCUCUUGAAUGCAAGUCAAACCAACCAUAGUAAUAGCGACCUCUUGAUUGUAAAGUCAAACCAACUGUCUUUUAUUGCUAUUUUAGAUAAGAGGGCACUGCAAAAUGCUUGUACAUCACAUAAGUCUUAUAACUUAGAGAUUUGUCCCACAAAUAUGGGAAUGACUUCAUAAGAUUUCACUAUACGAUAAGCUAAAAACUUGGAUGACCAAGGCUAUCAUGGCUAAAGUGGAAAGAUUACCAAAAUUGGCUCAAGUGAUAUGACCAAUUCCUUUUUAAUUCAUCUCUGGAGUAGUUUCCUUGAUCUCAGAUCCUGAGUCACCAGACGAACAGAAACAUGGUUCAUGUAAUUUUAAGGAAUAUCAAGGGCUCUUGAAAGGGCGAUUUUCCCAGAGAAUGAGGAGUAAGAAUAUACUGAUCCAACUGGGGGACCAAGAAUAUACUGAUCCAACUGGGGGACCUGAUAGAGCUGUUCAUCAGUGAUAUGCACAGAAAUAUGGCAACUGACAGGAUAAUGACAACCAAAACAUAGACAAGUCACCAAUCUUUGAUAUUCAGUGCCAUUUCAAACAAGCAGUUAGAUGUUUUCAUAAAAGAGUUAUUUUUUGAGAAGUCUUGGAAGGGCUAGAACUAGUGAUUAAGUUUUCUAGGAUUGUCAAGUGAUUAAUUGAGGGGUCAAGUUCCUACUCAUCAAAAUGUGUCCACAAUGACAAGUAGUUCUCCCAGACAGAACUCCUCUUUGUCUUACCAAUUGUCUUGUUGUAAUUGCAUGUCUCAUGGCACAUGGCUAGAGUCCAUAAUUUUAACCACUAGACGUGUUGUGAAUCAGAUGUUUAGUAUCUGGCCAGCCAUUACAAACAAAUAAAGGGAAUAUUUUUGGGGAAUAUUUAACAAGAUGAGACUCAUUGGGUCAUGAGCAUCCUGGCUGGAGUCCACAGAUCUCUUUGCGUGGAUACUCUGUUUCCAGUAUUUGAUUUUCUUUUUUGGGUCUUUUCUUUUUCCUUUUCAGUUUCUAUUAUUCUUUGAUUCAUUCUUAUUCCCACUGGGGUGUUGGAUGUGGUAGUCUUUUAUUGAGUAAAAUACUUUGCAUAUUUACUGAAAAAUUAAGAAGCACAAACCAUCAUGAUAGGGGUGGGAAUUGGGUUAGGUCAACUCGAUGGAUCGACCCUACUAGGUCUGGGUAUGGACCCAGAUUAUGGACCCAACGGGUCCAGAUCUGGGUCCAGCUUAGAUCUUUUUGGGUCGUGUCCAGGUUGGGGUCACCUCAACCUGAUUCAACCCAGUAUAUAUUAGUAUAAUUGAAUUUUAGCAAUAUUCAGUAUAUAAUGUAAAAUAUACUAUAUAUAUAUUAUUUAUGUAUAGACCCAGCUGACUUGGACCCAACCCUGGUCCCGGUCGAACUUAUAACUAGUCAGGUCGGGGUCGAUGGGGACCUGACCGACCCAUUCCCACUCCUACAUCAUGAAGACUUGGCCAGGAUAAUUCAAUAAUAUGGCUCGCAAGAUACAAAACAAAUCCUCCUGAGAUCUGUACUACUGUAAUUGAGGUUAGUCAAAUAUGUAUUUGUCACAUGCAUGCAAAAUUUUAUUGAGAUCCACAGGUUGAGCAUUACUUCAAGAGAGUAUAUUUUUUUGUAUCUUAAAAAAAAAAGUUCAAAAUUAAGAAAUGGCUUUUGUAUUUUUCAUAGAGACCCACUGACGAAAUACAAGGAAGGGAUAAACAUUCAAAAAGAAAAAAAAACAAAGCAAAAAAAAAAAAAACAAGAGAGGGAUGCAUAUAAAAUCAGAUCAACAUUUAAAAGGUAUUUGUCUGAUCAAUAGAUGCUGCACAAGCAGUUUCUCCAAGAAAAGUUGUAGAUCUCUUCUUUUGUGGUUUUUUCUCUUUGCAUCUUCAAAUCAGAGGCCAAACAAGCGUGGAAAAAGGUCCUAAUAAAUUAUUAAUAACUUGGAGAACAAAAGCCUUUACCUGCCCUGUAAUAUGUUGUCAUGCCUUUCACAUGUCUGACAAACCGUUUCAUUUACAAUGCCAUGCAUAUUUAGAUCACAGUCUGCAUUUGGAGUUUUAUAAGUCAAUCCUCCAUCACUCAAACCUUGAUGGCCUUCAGAAGCUUUUGUCUAUGUUUUUUUGGUGCACAAUUUCAGUUCGGAACUUGCACUUGUAUUACAUAAACCAUAGUAUCUCUAAUCCAUUCAUGUCUUAGGGUAAAGUCUAAGAGAGUGUGCUUGUAUGAACCAAACCCUUCAUUUCCUGUUGUAAUGGUUCCACAUCCUUGUCAAAAUAAAGGUAUUUGGGUAUCCCACCAUUGUUUACGACUUGCUCUUUGGUGCAAAUGCCAUAGACUGAAUGCAUCGGUGUUUUGCUUAAUAGAGUAUUUGGAUAUGCAAUAUUUAUAGAGCCGCGUGGGGAUUGUCAAAGCACUCAUUUAGAGUGUUCCGUAAGAUAAGUAAUUGACAAACAGCAAAAACCAUCUUCACUUUUUGCUUUUAUGGUGCAAACCCCUUAUGGAUUUCCUUGAUGUCGUAGCAAAGCAAGUGGUGGCUACAAGUUAAGCACUUUGAAACGAGUUCAAGAUGAAAGGCACUUCAAAAAUUGUGCUUUAUGACCUAAUGCAAGAGACAUUUCUUUACAGCAAUGUCGAUAAUGGACGAUUUAUCAGAAGGAAUUGAGGCUUUAUCAUUUACUUCUGAGGAGCCAAACCAUAGGAACGACCAAAUUACUCCAGAAGACGCAGCCUGGGUAGAUUCCUGUCUUAUCAAAGAAUUGGGGUCCCAUCCUAUGUCUAUGAAUGGCACUUUAGAUGCACUGAACGAGAUGUUCUCCAAUAUACUCAACCCUGAUACUGUAUCAGAUUAUAUUGCUUCCUUCCCUUAUUUUGACAAUAGUGGAAAAAUCGAAGAAGAGUCCACCUCUGUGGUCCACAGUUUUCCUCAGAAUUUAUCCCCAUCCUCUGAGAACAUGGAAGAAUUUGGGGAUCUGGGUCUGGAAACAAUGGCAGGGGUGGAAGAUGGAGAGUCCCUUGAAGAUAUUUUUAAGGUGUGGGAUCUUAACACAGAGUGGGAGGAUGAUGACGUUGAACUUUUGAAACAAUUGACCGAAGCUCUUGUGGUAUCGAAGAGACACUCACCACCUGUUCUAAAUCGGAGACUGGAUUCUGGAGAAACAGAGGGGCUUAAGGACAUGGAACAAUCAUUUUUGGAUGAAGAAAGAAUUAAUGCUCUCACUGCUGGCUUGAAGAAUCUAUCAUUGACCCAAUUUUCUUUCGAUGACUUAAAGUAAGCUGCCCUUUAAUUUGUACAGUCUUUUGCUAGCAAGAAUGUAUAUCUUUUUAGUUUUGUAUUUGGAUAAAUUUACGAACUUCUCUUAUCUAUGCGCAUGGUUUGCCUGCUUGCAUUUCCCAGUCA